AGAAGGGCCUUGACCAUGGCUCAGGACCACUCUCUCCUGGGACUCCGGCUUCUGUUCUCCUUUCCUCUCCUCCAUCUCCAUCUCUUAAAAAUGGCCGAAGAGGCACCCGCUGCAGCAAGCGACUUCUCAGCAGACCAGAUCGAGGACUUCAAGGAGGCAUUCGGUCUCUUCGACAGAGUUGGUGACAGCCAGGUGGCAUACAACCAGGUAGCUGACAUCAUGCGCGCCCUGGGACAGAAUCCCACCAACAAGGACGUGGCAAAGAUUCUGGGAAACCCAUCUGCAGAUGAUCUGGCUAACAAGCGGUUGGCCUUCGACGCCUUCCUGCCUAUGCUGCAGCAGGUGGACGUCAUCCCCAAGGGCACCUUGGACGAUUACGUUGAGGGCCUCCGCGUCUUCGACAAGGAGGGCAACGGCACAGUGAUGGGCGCUGAGCUGCGCAUCGUGCUGGGCACACUGGGAGAGAAGAUGACCGAGCCCGAGAUUGAUGCCCUCAUGUCAGGCCAGGAGGAUGAGAACGGCAGUGUCCAUUACGAGGCAUUCGUCAAACACAUCCUGUCUGUGUAAGCAAGCCCACUGCUGGAGUGCUGAAGGGGAUGGAGCUCAUAUGCAGACCCCAUGGUGUCAGGACAUCCACACUGUUUCUAAGACCAAUCUAGGAAAGAAAAAGACUAUGGGAUGUCAAAGCAAAUGCGUUCAGUUUUUUUCUUUUCGUCCGUCACUUUUCAACUCCUCCUCCUCCUCCUCCUCUCUUUGGAAGCUGUACCUCUCCGUUGUAGCCCUCCCUCCUGGACCCUCCCCUGGGGGCGUGUCUUCUCUACUUGGGGGCGGGGUUAGGGGAGGGGGCGUGACCACUCAUCAAGUGGGGGUUGUUCCCUCUGUCCCGCUCACCUCCCUCCAUUGUGACAUCACGUAUCCCAGCAACGCCUAAGGCUGCUGGACGAGAUGGUGGAUUGGCCGCCAAACCUCCCUCCUUCCCUCAAAGUUUUAUUUAUUUUCACUCUGUCGAUUCAGAAUAAACUUUUCCAAAAGUA